ACCCUCCUCACCCACCGCGCCACCCCUGGGUGUCUUCAUGAUCGGACCCAGGACAACAUAAGAAGAAAGAAAUUACAGACUGCCAAUAACGCAUCGGAUUUUUUUUGUAUUAUUAUUAUUAUUGCUUCACCGACCCUUCCCUUCUUUCUUCUCUCCUCGGUUGAUUUCGCCUCUUUGUCUUUCGGUUGAGAUUUUUGUUUUGUUUUAUUUAUUGUUCCGUUUCGCUGCUGUUGCAGAGGAGCGCCACCAUCCCUCACUGCCUGACAUGAGUACGCUCUUUUAUCCGGUUGCAGCGGAAUGACACACAUAUCCUAGCCCGCACAUCUGAAGGUUGAUGGAAGUCUGACGCUCCAUUUGCACGGUUUUAGUAGCCUGAAAGAUUCUCCAUCUGCAGAGGUUUCGGAUUUUUCCUCCGCUCUGAGCCGAUCAUCCGCCGCUUUCUGUCCCUGCGCAGCAUCUCUCUGUACGCACGGCGCACCACGGAGAAACGCGCAGCUAGCCUCCCCGUCCCUAAGAAACAGGCGUAUUUUCCAAUUCCUAAAUCGCUUUUUCCUUCUCUAAGGACUCGUCUGUGCGGCGCUGCGUAAAAAAACGGCAAAGGGGGGAUUUAAACGCAAACGCAGCCCAAGCAUCCAAGAGCAAGCUCGAAAAUGAUGGCCGGCGGAGCAGUACAGCAAAACGGGAUUUUCUCAAAUCCUCACCAUCACAAUCAACAACCACACAUGGAGUCCGAUCCCCCGGACUCACGUAAGAGACCCCUGGAGACUCCCACGGAGGCCAGCAGCACCAAACGCACAAACACGGGAGUGGCCUUCCUGCAGCCCCUAUUUGAAACUGAAGGCAUUGUAUUCCCUCACCAAGAAACUGAGACUCAUGAGGAAGGCGAAUACUUCCUGAAGGUUUUGAUUCCCAGCUAUGCGGCGGGUUCAAUCAUCGGGAAGGGAGGCCAGACCAUCGUCCAGCUGCAAAAAGAGACUGGCGCCACCAUCAAACUGUCCAAAUCCAAAGACUUCUACCCCGGGACGACAGAGCGGGUGUGUCUCAUCCAGGGGACAGUGGAGGCACUGAACGGUGUCCACGACUUCAUCGCUGAGAAGGUGAGGGAGAUGCCUCAGAGCACCCAGAAGACAGAGCCGGUCAGCAUCCUGCAGCCACAGACCACCGUCAACCCAGACCGCGUCAAACAGGCCAAGCUAAUCGUCCCCAACAGCACGGCGGGGUUGAUCAUCGGUAAAGGGGGAGCUACAGUCAAAGCGGUGAUGGAGCAGUCCGGGGCGUGGGUCCAGCUAUCCCAAAAGCCAGAGGGCAUCAACCUGCAGGAGCGCGUGGUCACCAUCAGCGGAGAGCCUGAACAAAACCGCAAGGCUGUGGAGAUCAUCGUCCAGAAGAUCCAGGAGGACCCGCAGAGCUCCUCCUGCCUCAACAUCUCCUACUCCAACAUCACAGGGCCAGUCGCCAACUCCAACCCCACCGGUUCCCCAUACGCCAACUCGACUGAGGUCAUGCCGGCUGCGGCAGCCGCUGCAGCAGCCACGGCCUCCUCUCUGCUUGGCCAGGCUGGCCUGGCAGGGGUCGGAGCCUUCCCAACCACCAUGUCCAGCCUCUCAGGCAAUGACCUGCUGGCCAUCACCUCUGCCCUCAACACUCUGGCCAGCUAUGGCUACAACACCAACUCCCUGGGCCUGGGGCUGAACCCCGCUGCAGCCUCAGGGGUGUUAGCUGCUGUAGCAGCUAACGCUAACCCAGCAGCCGCCGCUGCAGCUAAUUUGUUAGCAUCCUACGCCAGCGAUGCAUCCACCAGCGCAGCUCACCCAGCAGCCGGCCUCGGAGGCUUUUCCCUGGGAUCCCUGGCUGCUGCUACAGGGGCCACCAACGGCUACUUAAGUGCUGCAUCACCCCUGGUUGCAUCAUCUCUACUGGCCACUGAGAAGCUAGCAGAAGGAGCAAAGGAAGUGGUCGAAAUCGCAGUGCCAGAAAACCUGGUGGGAGCCAUCUUGGGGAAAGGAGGGAAGACGCUAGUGGAGUACCAGGAGCUGACCGGUGCCAGGAUCCAGAUCUCCAAGAAAGGAGAGUUCAUCCCUGGAACUCGGAACAGGAAGGUGACCAUCACAGGUUCCCAGGCCGCCACGCAGGCUGCACAGUACCUGAUCAGCCAGCGAAUCACCUACGAGCAGGGGGUACGUGCCACCAACCCACAGAAGGUGGGCUAAACCUGACAGCCAAUGAGAAACGAGGAGGAAAAGAGGAAAAAAAAAGAGUGGGGGCUUGGGGGAGGAGUAUAAAAAAAGUGAGUGAGAAUGGAAAAAGGAGAGGAGAGCAAGAAUGUCGGAAGGAAUCGUCCGCGCCGUUUUCUUCUGAGUGUUUUCAGUAUUCUCUAUUAAAAAAAAAAAAGUUUUUGAUGCGAAGCAAAAAUGUGCUGAGAAGACGAGGAGGGAGAGGAGUGAGUUAUCACGCUGAAAAACCAAGAAAAAAAUGUGUAAAAUGUAAAUAAGGUUUUAUUACUUAACGUCUUGACCUUUCGGGAUUUUUUAUUGUUUUGUUUUAUUGUUUUGUUUUGUUUAGUAAAUUAAGCUGUCUGUUCGUUCGUUUGUGUAUUGUGUGGACAGAGCUGAAUGCCAUGUAGACAGGCUGACUGCCUGAGAGGCUACAGGAAGUGGGGGGAGGGAGGGAAGGAAGGCCAGGGGCAUGGAGAGGGGGAGGGUUGGUGUUUAUGGGGUACAACCCUCCACCCCCACCAUCCCAAAAUCCCUUAUGGGAACAACCCUUACCCUUCCCUCCCCCUACAGCCUACACCCAUCACCCUCCUGUAGGGUUUUUGUUUUUCUUCCAGUUUUGAUUUGCCCCUAAGCCCCGUUCCCUGCCUCCCCCCAAAGCCCCUCUCACUACUUGCCCCCAUGCCCUGCCCCUCCCCUCCCCCUUUUACAGGGGUUUUAUAAUGAGCAAGACUGCAAACUUCAGCCUGGUGUGUGAGAGAAGAAACAUCCUCGACUCCCCCCCUACACUUUUUUAUUCUCUCCCUCACUAUGAUCUCACCUCUCCCCUCCUCCCCCUUUCUGGGAUUUGAAGGAAGGGUGAGGUAAAAACUGGGGAGGGGCGUGGGGGGAGAGAAUCAGCUGGGCGUUUCUCCAUUUGCACACCCCACCCCACCCCCCGUAUACCCCGUGAUGUAUCCCACAAGCAGUGCAGCGCCGCAGGGGUGUUGCAGCACAUAGCACCCCAUACGCGGCUCUAGUGUUUGAGAUUGAAUGCCGAGGCGCACGCUGAUGACCUCACGUAGUGCGAAACCUAGAAACGACGAGAGUGAUACUGUGCAAGCUGCGGCAAACACACAGGAUCUAUGGCAUUUUUACAGUCUGCUGCGAUCAUUCUAUUAAUGAUACUGUCAUGAUUAUUACAAUAGGAAUCAUCACCAUUGUCAUUAUUUAUUAAUGAGUUCACCCAUAUAAAGCUCAGUUGUUUCUUUUUUUAAAUCU